UCUGGACUCUAAGUGACGCUGUUGGUCAAUGCAUGUCCUCUAAAAUGUUACAUCACAUUCUCCUCCCUUGUUACUGUGGCCAAUGAGAGUAGAGCUUACAGUUUUCCUCAUCUCUGCGGACAUCACAGCAUUAAAGCCACUUCAACGAAGAAAUAGGAAAGGAUAUUUAAAAGCUAUAUACUUUUGCUUCAAUUCUAUUUUUUUCAUUUUCACAGAAAACCCUGCUUCUAUCGUUUUACAGUAUUCUUUAUUAUUUAUUUAUUUGAGCUUUUACCAUGGCUCGUGGAAUACGACCACAUAGAGGAUGGCGUGAUGGAUUCAGACAGAAAUUAUUGCAUCUUUUUCUCCUUUGUCACCUCAGCUCUGUUGUUACCGGCCAUAUCAGAUAUUCGAUCCCAGAGGAAAUGAAGAAAGGCUCACUGAUCGGUAAUGUAGCACAAGACCUCGGUUUGGAUCUGAAGAGAUUGCGUUCCGGUCAUGCCCGUAUCGUGAGUGGAGAAAGCGUCCAGUACACCGAGCUGAACGCAGACAAAGGGAUUUUAGUUGUGAACGAGAGGAUUGACAGAGAGCAGCUCUGUGGUGACACAACGCCGUGUAGUUUCAGUUUUGAGAUGAUUUUAGAGAAUCCUAUGGAGCUGCAUCAAAUUACGGUCGAGAUUACGGAUAUAAAUGAUCAUUCACCCAUUUUUGAAACCGAUAAAAUAAAUUUUGACAUUAGUGAGUCGGCUACAACUGGAGCUCGUUUUUCAUUARCUCGUUCWGAAGACCCSGACGUGGGUGUGAACGGUUUGAGAGAAUAUUUCCUGAGUGAAAAUGAUCACUUUGUUCUCAAGCAACAUUCAAAUGCAGACGGAAAGAAAUAUGCAGAGAUGGUUCUUCAGAAACCAUUAGACAGAGAAGCUAACCCAAAUCUGUCGCUGAAACUGAUCGCUGUGGACGGAGGAACACCUCAGAGAUCUGGUACCGUAAAUAUUAAUGUCGCCGUUCUUGAUGUUAACGAUAAUGCGCCUGUUUUCAAUCAGUCUGUGUAUAAAGCUACAGUGACGGAAAUGUCUCCUAAAGGCACGUACGUCACCACUGUUAAUGCUAGCGACGCAGAUUUCGGGUCGAACAGUGAUAUUACGUAUCAUUUUUCAGAUCGCAAAAGUGGCCUAAAUAAUUUAUUUUGGAUGGAUGAAAUUACUGGAAUGAUUUAUAUAAAUGGUGACAUUGAUUAUGAAAAAGAAAAAAAGUUUGAACUCAGAAUUAAUGCAAAAGAUCAAGGCGGAUUGACAGAUUCAAGUAAAGUGAUUAUUGAAGUGAUUGAUGUAAAUGAUAACGCCCCUGUCAUAAGCGUGAUGUCAUUCACUAAUACUGUGUCAGAGGAUUCUCCUCCUGGAACAACUAUUGGUAUUAUUAAUGUAAAAGACCUGGAUUCCGGUGAUAACGGACAAGUCAGCUGUAGAAUUGAUGGGAAUGCGCCUUUUAAAAUGAAAUCAAAUCUAAGAAAAUAUUAUACUGUAAUAACAGAUGCUGUAUUAGACCGAGAAACAGUUUCAGAAUAUAACGUCAGUGUUACUGCUACAGAUGGUGGAAUACCUCCUCUCUCAGCCCAAAUUACGUUUAAUGUAAAAGUUUCUGAUGUGAAUGACCAUGCUCCAAUUUUUUCACAAAGUGUUUACAUUGCCUUUAUAAAAGAGAAUAACUCCCCAGGUUUGCCUUUUAUUACACUGACAGCCAAAGAUCCUGAUGAGAAACAAAAUGCUCGUAUAUCUUAUAUUUUAGAGGACACAAAUAUAGGCGGUUCUUCAGUAUCCACAUAUGUUUCUGUAAAUGUAGAAACUGGAGUCGUACAGGCAAUGGGCACAUUUGAUUAUGAACAGAUUAAAGAGAUCACUUUUGUUGUUAAAGCACUAGAUGGAGGCUCUCCUCCACUCAGCAGCAACGUGACUGUGAAACUGAUCAUCCAGGAUCAGAACGAUAAUCCCCCUCAGGUUCUUUAUCCAGUCCAGACUGGUGGCUCCAUGGUGGCUGAAAUGGUGCCUCGUUCAGCAGAUGUUGGCUACCUGGUGACUAAAGUGGUGGCUGUGGAUGUGGACUCUGGACAGAAUGCCUGGCUCUCCUACACCGAGCUGAAGGUAGACAAAGGGACUCUCGUAGUGARUGAAAGAAUAGACCGUGAGCAGCUUUGCGGAGAGGUGGCCUCGUGCAGUUUCAGCUUUGAAGUGAUUUUAGAAAACCCGAUGGAGCUGCAUCCUGUAACAAUUGAAGUGCUGGAUGUGAAUGAUCAUAGCCCCGUGUUUAAGAAAACGCAUAUUAUGUUAGAGAUCAGUGAGUCCGCUAWUCUUGGAGCGCGGUUUGUGUUGGACAGUGCGGAGGAUCCUGAUGUUGGCGUUAAUGGGCUGCAAAAUUAUAUUUUGAACCCAAACGAAAAUUUCGUUUUAAAGCAGCAUGUCAGUCCGGACGGGAGUAAAUAUGCAGAGAUGGUUCUGCAGAAGCAACUUGACCGAGAAGCGGCGCCGCAUUUAUCUUUAAGACUUGUGGCUCUCGAUGGAGGCAAUCCACAAAGAUCUGGUACGGUGAAUAUAAAUAUAAAGGUUUUAGAUGCAAAUGAUAAUGCGCCCGUUUUUAACCAAUCUGUKUAUAAGACAACUGUSACGGAAAACGCGGCAGUCGGCACGCAUAUUKUUACUGUAAAUGCUACAGACGCAGACAGCGGAACGAAUGGUCACAUCACAUAUUCCAUUUCAAACGCAAAGAGCAACAUCGCUGAAUUGUUGUCCAUUGAUCCGCAUUCUGGGGUGUUAUCUGUCGCGGGUGAAAUCGAUUUCGAAAAGGAUAAAAAGUAUGAAAUUCGAAUUGAUGCGAAGGAUCAAGGCGGUCUCACUGAUUCCAGUAAAGUGAUUAUUGAAGUUGUCGAUGUAAAUGAUAACCCUCCUGUCAUAAACGUGAUGUCUUUUACUAGUCCCGUGUCAGAGAAUUCUCCUCCUGGAACAACUGUUGGUAUCAUUAAUGUAAAAGACCUGGAUUCGGGUGAUAAUGGGCAAGUGAGCUGCAAGAUCGAAGGGAAUGCUCCUUUUAGGAUAAAGUCUAAUUUAAGAAAUUACUACACUUUGACAACAGAUUCUGUAUUAGAUCGUGAAAGUGUUUUAGAAUAUAAUAUCACCGUCAUUGCCUCUGACAGCGGAAAACCCCCGCUUUCAGCUAAAAGGAUCUUUAAUUUAAAAGUGUCUGAUGUCAACGAUAAUGCACCAGUUUUUUCACAAAGUGCUUACGACGCUUUUAUAGGAGAGAAUAAUUCCCCAGGUCUCUCGGUUCUUACACUGUCAACUAAAGACCCGGAUGAGAAUCAAAACGCUCGUAUAUCCUACACKCUGGAUCACAUAAYGUUUGCUGGAUCUCCAAUAACUGAGUAUGUUUCUGUAAGUGUUGAAAGUGGAGUCAUACAGGCRGUGCGCUCCUUUGAUUAUGAACAAAUUAAAGAGUUAGUUUUUAUUGUGACAGCACAAGAUKGAGGCUCUCCUCCUCUCAGCAGCAACGUGACUGUGAAGCUGAUCAUCCAGGAUCAGAACGAUAACCCWCCUCAGGUUCUGUACCCAGUCCAGACU